AUGGUUGCUUUAAAAUGCUUGAAUAAUUCAAAAAAUAAAUGUGAAUGCUUGGAUAAUUCAUCAAAAAAUAAAUUUGAAGAAUUUUUGCAAGAGCAACCAUUUUAUGAAAUUCCACAUGACGGACUUUUAGUAGUUGGAAUUUGUUAUAAUGGACUUCGUCCAAAAAUCAAAGAAGAACUUCCCAAUUUAUUUAAGCAGCUUAUUAAUGCCUGUUGGAAUGCCAUACCAGCAAAUCGUCCAUGUGCAAAUACAUUAGUUGAAAUCUUUAAUGAAUGGAUGAUUGAAAUAAAUAAACCAACUUCAGAACUACAUAUCCAAAUCAAGGAAUUAACAACUACAAACAAAAGACAAAACAAUAUUUAUUCCGAACCAGAUAAAAUGAAUCCAGAAGCAUGCUAUAUGAGUAGAUUACUUGACUAUACAAUUUCAAAUCAAG